GUCACAUGGGCUGUGGGGGUUUGCCGGUGUGUGAGGCGCUGUGGCUGUGGGAGGGUUACAGGGAAAGCUCUCGUCUUUGUUUUUUUUGCUUGUCCCAGUCUGUGCUGAAGGCGAGUAUCGAGGUGUUUUCAAUCCUGGAUCCCACCAUGAACAUAACCCAGGGUGGUCUGGUCCUCCUCUCCGCCAGCUCCUGUGCGGCCUGUGCUGAGCUGGCCAGGAAGAUUUCAGAGCGACUUGGCGUAGAACUGGGUAAAGUUCAAGUCUCCCAAGCAUCUAACCGAGAAACAAGAGUACAGAUUCAAGAGUCUGUCAGAGGGAAAGAUGUGUUUAUUAUCCAGACUGUUUCAAAGGAUGUCAACACUACUAUUAUGGAGCUCCUUAUAAUGAUUUAUGCCUGUAAGACAUCGUGUGCCAAGAAUAUCAUUGGUGUGAUACCUUAUUUCCCAUACAGCAAGCAGUGUAAAAUGAGGAAACGAGGUUCCAUUGUGUCUAAGCUAAUGGCAUCCAUGAUGUGUAAAGCUGGCUUGACACACCUCAUAACAAUGGAUUUACACCAGAAAGAAAUCCAGGGAUUUUUCAAUAUUCCUGUUGACAAUCUGCGAGCUUCUCCAUUCCUGUUGCAGUACAUCCAGGAAGAGAUUCCUGACUACAGGAAUGCAGUCAUUGUUGCGAAGUCACCAGCAUCUGCCAAAAGAGCGCAGUCCUUCGCUGAGCGGUUGCGUCUGGGGAUUGCAGUGAUUCACGGUGAAGCUCAGGAUGCAGAGUCAGACAUGGUGGAUGGCAGACAUUCACCACCUAUGGUGAAAAAUGCAGCAGCCAUACACCCCAGUCUGGAGAUGCCCUUGCUGAUUCCAAAGGAGAAACCUCCAAUCACAGUUGUUGGAGAUGUUGGGGGAAGAAUAGCCAUCAUAGUGGACGACAUGAUUGAUGACGUUGACAGCUUUUUAGCAGCUGCCGACACGUUGAAGGAGAGAGGAGCAUACAAAAUCUUUGUAAUGGCAACGCACGGUGUGUUGUCCUCUGAUGCUCCUCAGUUGAUAGAGGAAUCAGCAAUUGAUGAGGUGAUCGUCACUAAUACCAUCCCACAUGAACUCCAGAAACUCCAGUGCCAUAAAAUAAAGACUGUCGACAUCAGCAUGAUUCUGUCUGAGGCCAUUCGGAGAAUCCACAAUGGUGAAUCAAUGUCUUAUCUAUUCCGAAAUAUUGGUGUGGAUGAUUAAAACUCUCUUUCCUAAGGCCAACCUGAAGUGCACCUUUACCUAACUUGGCAAGAAUAUUGUGUAAGAAGUGAAAUUUGUCAAGUGGAGACUUUUUUAAAAAAGAAUUUUUGGGACUACCUACGAAAUUCUUUGUUUUUCUGAAGCUUAAAGUGUUACCCAAACCUUUCUCUUCCAACCCAAUCCACCAUUUUUACUUGUGUUGAUACUUGUACUAUAUUUUGCGUGGUACAGGCAUUGCCUUUCUCUGCUCUUGAAUACAACAACUUGCAUUUAUAUAGCGUCCUUCACACAAGGUGUAAACCAUUAGUUUUCUCUCCCUGACUCCUUACGAGCUCGGCGUUUACUAUAACCCAAUAGUUGAGCUCCCAGCUCAGCCCUAGCUGAGGUUGGAUUAUUUAGCAUAGACCAGGAUCUAAUGUAUGAUCACGAUCUGUAAAUAUAUUAAUGAGCUCAAAGUAAAUUUGACAAAACCUCAACACAAGACGCAUGUAAAACUACCCCUGAAAUUUAAAAAACCUAACCAAAUACAAAUGCCAUGGCACCUGUUUCCUAAUGAGAAAACCAAACCAGUGAACACGUGACAAAGCCAAGCGUACUGUCCUCCAUCACAAAUUGCUCGUUCCGUUUGAGGCAAACUGUACAUGAUGCCAGAUAAAGACGGCAAGAAUUGAAUGUACAUUGCGUCCUAUUUUUCCAGUUCGGAAAGGUAAAAACAAAGAUGCCAACAAAAAACAGGAUUAGAUCCUCCCAAAAUUAAAAUAACGGCACCCGGAAAUUAAACUAAGUGCCCAAAAAUUAAACGGCCUAGACAGCUAUCGCCAGCCCCAACUAAAAAUCUAACCCUAAAAAGUUCCAUACUAUGGAGCACUGUUACUUACAGAAAGGCUGGAGCACUAUUUCAGGGGGUGCUGAACUUCGAAUCUUGGAGCCCUGAUUUGUAUAUUUACAUCUGUAUGAAAGGAAGUCAUUGUGGCAUAACAGAGUAGCAUGACGCAGAACUACAACAGGCCAGUUGGCCCAACUAGUCCCUGACGGUGUUUAUAGUCCAUGAGCCACCUUCCCAUCCCUUGUGUUCCCCUUUCCUACUCACCUACCUCAUGUACGCAUCAAGUCUUUUGUUAAAUAUAUUGAUGCUCCCACUGGGUUGGAUCAAAAGAGAGGGUGGGGAAUGAUGUAUCCAUAUACUUAUACUACACACAAAUGGAUACAUGGGAGGCUGCAAAUAAGAUUGGAUUUUUCCUGCAGAGGGAAGUAUUGGUGCUUGAGAACAAGAGUUACAGUGAAACUCCAGAAAUUAUUCAACUUUAAAUAACUAGUGUGCUUGCUGAUGUUUUACAUAUCGAAUCUAGAAGCAAGUUCUCAUCUUUGAUUUAUUGGAUUAUUGUAUGACCUCUAACUGCUGUCAUUAAGGACUCCAUUACUUGUGUAAGUAACUUUCAUAGGAAGUCUCAAUGUUCUCAUUUAUAAAGGUGACCUUGUAAUUUCUGGCUUCACUCGAAACGUGUCGGAGGUGUAGGAAUACCUUGUUUGAAUAGAAAUAGUAUUUCAUGAUUUUGCUUCCCUCACUAUCCUCUUCCCAAUCAAACCUUCCCUAGAUGGCAAACUUUGAGGCGGAAAUCAAUUAGGUUGCUAAUAGUUCUCAACCAUGCUGAACUGACUUAUUGAAUGAACCAUAGAGAUGAGAAAUCACCACUUAGUUGAAUUGGUCAAUUUAGUUUAGAACAUCCCAAAUGUUAGAUGGUCUGUAGGAACUCUGUGGUAAUGGAUAUUUUUCUUCCACGCUGUUGCUCUGGUUUCCGGCUUUCUGAUUUAAGAGCAAGGCAGAAGGGCUGACUUGAUAAGAGCAGGCUGCAAUUACAGCUCUUUAUUUUGACCUAUUAAAAAAAACAUGAUAAUUGAAUGGGGAAGAAAAAGAGAAUUGUGGAUUCACGCAAACUGUACAUGGACCACAAACCCGUUGUGAUGUUAUAACUAAAAACAUGAGCAGUUGUUGUGUUUGAACUAAUGCUCUGCUGACUAAUUAUAUGUGGAAGACGAUGUGGAUUAAUAUUGAAUUUCCAGACCAGUACAGAGCCCCUGCUCUAUCAGUAGUGUGUGUAUAAUUCAGCUAAUGUUCAAUAUAGCUUACUGUAAUUUAUGGUGUUAAUAUUCUCACACCAAGCUGAGUGAAUUCCAUUCCACAGUCCUAAUGAAAAUGUUUCUCUUUCCCCUCCCCAAUUUAUCAAUUUCAUUUUAGCUUUGAAUAUGGUCACAAAGCAUGUUUCAUUGAUUUAAUACUUUAGCAUUUUUGUGCUUGUUAAAAUGAGCAACGUCUGUGUUGGGAAUGGAAAACAAACCUGUUCUCUGUUUGGCAUUAUAUCAGAAUUUGAAGCAGAGUUGAGCUCACUUUAGAUAGCCAUGUGAUAGGACAUUAUCACAAGCUAUGUGAUAAGGAAAUUUAAUUCUGCAUAACCAUAACUUAAUAUACGUUUUGUUAAAUUGAGGAAACAUCCUAGUUAAAUACCUGUUGCACAACGUGCCAUAAGCCUAGCUGUGUGAUUUUUAUAACUUGUAGGGAUUCUGGUCAAAAGUAUUUGUUGGGGAACUAGUUAAGUGUUUCUCAUGAUUCACUUUGCCUUUAGAAUGGAAAAAUCAGUAAUCCGAGGUUGCAAAUUUCUUACUUUAAUUGGAAACGGUUGAAUAGAGCCUGAGUUAGGCAUCACAGCUAGUUCUCCUCACAGAAAUCAGUUGGUUGAUGGCAAAUGUUAGCCACAAAACCAUUGACCUGCCAUGGGUUUUACACUGAAUCCACAACUGAUGGUGGGGCACUACUGUGUGCAAUUGGCUGCACACUACUAUACACUAUGUGCAG